AGGAACAGGAGGAGGAAGGAGGAGCAGACAGAGCUUUGAUCAAACCCAGACCUCCUCUGCUUCAGCUCCGCAGAGAUGGUGGCAGAGGGCACCGGCGAAUAGGAAGCCAGAACCUGAGAGCCCUUAAUCACAUGUCUUCCCCUCCGACUGCUCCAUCACCGACCACUGGCACCUCCGUUUCUGGUAAAAGGACGGUGUUGUUGUCCAACGAGGCGAGGAGAGAAAUAGCGAAGCAGGCGAGAGCCAUGAAGGAGGAGAGACGAGCGACGCUUGACGCCCGACACAAAUACUUGAUCAGCAGGUUGGUGGACGCCGGGACGCUGGCCGAGCUGGAGGUGGAGGACGCGCUCAUCUCUGAUGACAAGUUCAGCCUCAUCGAUGAUUUCUUUGUUGCGAACGGAUCCAAGAAGCUGAUUUUCUUCUAUCAGAAUGUGAAGCGGAAUCUGCCCUCCACUCAUCCCUCCUUUGUGGAUGUAGCGACCUCAGCGUUGGCUCAGAGGAAACUCUUCCUCACUACAGGGAGCUCUGAGCCUUUACUGGGGAAGUGUCUGUUCUUCCUGAGAACCACUGACAAGGCGAUAACCACCGCUAACGUACAGCAGGAGGUGAACUUCGGCAUGUUGGACUGCAGUGAUGGCAGCAUCCUGAACAGUCUGGAGACUCUGCUGGCUCACAUCAUGUUACCGGCCCUCAGGUCACAGCAGACGUGGGGCUCUGUGCUGGAAGGCGCCUCCUGUCCAGACGUCCAGUCCUUUCUGUCUUCAGUGGACCAGUUCGUUAGUAAUCUGAGCUCGGCCAGAGUCAACAUGGAGAGAAAGUUCCAGCUGCAGCACAUCGACCUUCCUGAAGCCAUCAGCCAGCUGAGCAGCCCUGCAGACUACACGGCUGCAGCCAAUAACAGCGAGCUGGUGGAGCGUCUGGAGGGCGUGGUGUCGGUGUGGACCAACCAGAUCAAACAGGUCCUGACGGAGAGUGAGCAGAUGAGGAAGGAGGCCGAUGACGUCGGCCCAUCAGCUGAGCUGGAGCACUGGAAGAGACGGAUGGUCACCUUUAACAGUCUGAUGGAGGAGGUCAAGCGUCCUCUGGUGAAAAGGACUCUGGGAGUUCUGCAGGUCACCAAGUCCCGAACUCUACGAGCCUGGAGAGAAGUGGACGCGGACAUCACAGUCGUGGCUAACGAGGCCAAGGACAAUGUGAAGUAUCUGUACACUCUGGACAAGUUCUUUGGACCGCUGGGGAAAUGCACUCCGACCAAGAUGCUGGAGCACAUCCCCGGUCUGAUGAGCAGCAUCAGGAUGAUCCACACUGUGUCUCAGUACUACAACACCUCAGAGAGAAUGACCUCUCUGCUGCUCAAGGUCACUAACCAGAUGAUCACCACCUGCAGGGCCUACCUGUCGCAGGGCGUGGCUCGCAUCUGGGACCACAGCAGGCCGGUGCUGCUGCAGCUCAUCUCCGACUGUUGUAAUCUGAACGUGGAGUAUCAGAGGAGCUUCCAGGCGGUCAGAGACAAACUGAGAGAGAAUCCUGAAAACAGACAGUUUGACUUCAGUGAGAACUACAUCUUUGGGAAGUUUGAUGCUUUCUGCAGGCGUCUGGAGAAGAUAGCUGACAUGGCGUCUUCACUGGAGAGCCUGGCUGCCCUGAAACACAUGAAGGUGGAGGGCAUUGAGAAGAUUUACGCUCGCUACCAGACCAUUGUCUCCACAACCAAGUCCAAGACCUACGACAUCCUGGACCACCGUAAGCUGGAGUUUGACAGUGACUAUGCAGACUUCCAGCUCCAGGUUCAGGGUUUGUUCCAGUCUCUUCAGUCUCUGCUGGACUUUUGGUUCCACCAGUCUCUCACUACGGAGCGGAUGCUGGAGCUGCUGGUGGUGUUCGAGUCCGGUCCGACCUCUCGCCUGGACCUGAAGCAGCACUACCUGCUGCUGCUGCAGCGCUAUAGCAGAGAGCUGGAGCUGCUGAGGAAGACCUACCAGAGACAGAGGGACAGCCCGCCCAUCGGACGCAACCUGCCCCCGGUGGCAGGUAGGAUCCUGUGGUGUCGUCAGCUUUUCAGGAAGAUCGAAGCUCCCAUGUUGAUCCUGAAGAAGAAGCUCGACGUCCUCAAGGGACCGGACAUGACCAAAGUGAUCCGGAGCUACAACAAGAUAGCGGUGGUGUUGCUGCAGUACGAGGUGCUGCACCUGCAAGGGUGGAGUCAGGCUGCGGAGAGCGCACCGCACUGUCUGAACGCCGCCCUGCUGGUCCGACACGAGAACAGCAAGGAGGUUUUCGUGAACCUGGACCCCGUGGUGCUGGAGGUGCUGCAGGAAGCCCGAUGGAUGACCAAACUGGGGGUGACCGUGCCAAAGGUCAUCCUAAAAAUGAGCUCCAGAGAAGCACAGGUCAAAGCUCUGUACAAGCGGCUGCUGGAGUUGCUCCAGGACUACGGCUCGGUGGUUGCCCGAAUCCCCCCGUCCCUCUUCCCUCUGAUGCAGCCCUUCAUUGGCCGGGUGGAGGCGGCUCUCUCUCCUGGACUCACCACACUGUCCUGGACUGCUCUCAACACUGAUGCAUUCAUAGAGAGUGUUUACCAGGCUCUGAAAGAUCUGGAUCAGGUAUCCAAAGUUGCCACAGAUCUGUUAGAGUGUCGCAUCGGUCGGCUUCUUCAGACCAUGUCUUCCUGCUGUCUGCUGGUCCUGCAGAGUCAGCAGGUAGAGAAAUAUGUGUUUGAGCUGAUCGAGGAGCUGAAGAGGAAGAUGAAGACAACCGAGACUGUUAAUCUGGAGGGGUCUUUCCAGUGUCUCCAUCCAGACUCCAAACAGAAGACUCGCUGCCAGUCUUGUCUUCCUUGUCGUUUCUACAACCUGAUUGGUCAACUCUGUCAUCGCAACACCGAGGCCCUGGUCAAAGCUACUAAAUCCUCUCUGGACGCCUUGAGGAGGAGACUCCAUGUCCCCAAAUACCAACCGUCUUCCUCCUCCUCCUCCUGCAACUACGAAUCAGCUCCUCCACCUCUCUUUAAAGCUUCCAUCCAGCUUGCCAUCCCCAACAUCGUCCUCAGACCCAGCCUGGACGACAUUCAGAGUACACUGAACAAGCUGGUGAGCGUUGUGUUGUCUGUGACUAAAGACAUCCCUCUGUGGACUUACUCUCACCUGCAGUACAAACAGCAGCAGGUGGAGCAGGCGGCGGUUCGCGACGCAGGUGACGACAUCCCGGUGAAGCCUCCAGUACUGAGGCCUCUAGACAGACAGCUGGCCGAACAUAAAGACGUCACCAAGUUGGUGAUCCAGCUCAGCUCCAUCGUGUCGUCUCUAAGAGCUCAAGCUGCCGACACUCUGAAUGAACUCGCUCACUUUUCUACUCUGUCAGUCCAGGACCCAGAGGAGCAGGUCCAGGCCUUCCUGCAGUCGGACCCCUCUCUGACGGAGUUCAGCUCUCAGAUCUCCUUCUACUCCAAGCUGGAGGUGCAGAUCUCGGAGCUCCCAGCGUUUCUUACGGUGGGUUCGAUCGUCUUCGACACCGACCAGCUGAAGCUGUCGCUCACUCAGGAGUGUCGCCUCUGGAAGCGAGCCUUCGGCGCCGCGCUCAACCAUCGUGCGUCCGCCGACAUGGACGAGAUCUUCUCAUUCGUGGACGGGUUGACGAAGCGCCUGCAGCGUCCAAUCACAGACCUGGAUGAUGUCCGAGGAGCCAUGGCAGCGCUCAGAGAGGUCCGGGAGGCGGAGGUUCGUAUCGACGCCACCAUUGGCCCAGUGGAGGAAUCUUUUGCUCUGCUCAAUAAACAUGAACUUCUGUUCACGGACGGCAACGCCGAGCGCGUCGACGGCCUGACGUACGCCUGGAAAAACCUCAACGCCCUGGUGGUGCAGAACCAGAACACUCUUGUGAAGAUCCAACCCAGUAUGAAGGCAGACCUGCUGUCUGCAGUGCAGAGCUUCCAGAUCCACGUUCAGAGCUUCUACACCGAAUACGACCACAGGGGUCCGGGCGUGGAGGGCGUGGCUCCAGCUGAAGCCAGUGAGCGGCUGCAGAGUUUUCAGGCUGAGUUUGAUCAUCUGUGGAGGAGAUACACCACCUGCUCCGGAGGAGAGGAGCUAUUUGGACUUCCUGUUAAUGAGUAUCCGGAGCUGCAGAGGAUCAAGAGGGAGCUCUCUCUGCUGUCCAAGCUCUACACUCUGUAUAACGCUGUCAUUGACAGUGUCGCUGGAUACUACGACAUCCUGUGGGCUGACCUCAACAUUGAGAAGAUCAACACCGAGCUGCAGGACUUCCAGAACAGGAUUCGGAAGCUUCCGAAGGCGUUGAAGGAGUGGCAGGCCUUCAGAGAUCUGAAGAAAACCAUUGAUGACUUCACCGAGACCUGCCCGCUGCUCUACAUGAUGGCCAACAAGGCCAUGCUGCCUCGACACUGGACUCGCCUCAGUGAGUUGACCGGUCACAGUUUCCAGGUGGAAUCAGACAGUUUCUCCCUCAGAAACAUCAUGGAGGCUCCGCUGCUGAAAUACAAAGAAGACAUUGAGGAUGUUUGCAUCAGCGCGGUGAAGGAGCGCGACAUCGAGGCCAAGCUGAAGGACGUGGUGGCCGAGUGGAGCAGCCAAACGCUCAGCUUCGCCACCUUCAGGACCAGAGGAGAACUGCUGCUGAAAGGAGCCGACACGGCCGAGAAGAUCUCGAUGAUGGAGGACAGUCUGAUGGUGCUGACGUCACUGCUGAGCAACAGGUACAAUGCUCCAUUCAAGCCCUCCAUCCAGCUGUGGGUCCAGAAACUCUCCAACACCUCUGAGAUCAUCGAGAAGUGGUUGUCAGUUCAAAACCUCUGGAUCUACCUGGAGGCGGUGUUCGUGGGUGGAGACAUCGCCAAGCAGCUGCCUCAGGAGGCCAAACGCUUCCAGAACAUUGACAAGUCAUGGCAGAGGAUCAUGCAGCGAGCGCACGAGCUUCCCAACGUGGUGCAGUGCUGCGUGGGAGACGAGACGCUCAGCCAGUUGCUCCCUCACCUCCUUGAGCAGUUGGAGCUCUGUCAGAAGUCUCUGUCUGGUUACCUGGAGAAGAAGCGGUUGGUCUUUCCUCGGUUUUUCUUCGUGUCUGACCCCGCGCUGCUGGAGAUUCUGGGUCAAGCCUCGGACUCGCACACGAUACAGGCUCAUCUGCUCAGUCUGUUUGACAAUGUUAACAGAGUUGUUUUCAAUGAGAAAACAUACGACCAGAUCAUCAGCUUUCAGUCUCAAGAGGGAGAAACUGUGGAGCUGAGCCACCCUGUCCUGGCACAGGGGAAUGUGGAGGUGUGGUUAGGACAGUUGCUUGAAGGGGUGAGGCAGACCCUCCAUGCUAUCAUUCGCCAGGCUUACCUGGCAAUCAGUGACCCGAGCCUGAAGCUGCUGGAGUUCCAGUCUGCGUUUCCAGCUCAGGUUGGCCUGCUGGGAAUCCAGAUGAUCUGGACCAAAGACGCAGAGGACGCACUUGUCCUAAGCAAGUCUGACAAAAAGAUCAUGCAGACAACCAAUCAGAAGUUUCUAGACCUCCUCAAUGAGCUGAUCGACAUGACGACCAGGGAGCUGAGCAAGAAUGAGAGGACCAAGUACGAGACGCUCAUCACCAUCCAUGUCCACCAGAGAGACAUCUUCGAUGAGCUGGUGCGUCUGAACGUGCGAUCUGCAUCUGACUUCGAGUGGCAGAAACAGUCACGGUUUUACUUCCUGGAGGAAACAGACAGAUGUGUCAUCCAGAUCACAGAUGUGGAGUUCAGCUACUGCAACGAAUACCUGGGCUGCACAGACAGACUGGUCAUCACCCCGCUGACAGACAGGUGUUACAUAACUCUGUCCCAGGCCCUGGGGAUGAGUAUGGGUGGAGCUCCAGCUGGUCCGGCUGGGACAGGUAAGACCGAGACCACUAAAGACAUGGGUCGCUGUCUGGGGAAAUAUGUGGUGGUCUUCAACUGUUCGGACCAGAUGGACUACAGAGGACUUGGACGCAUCUACAAAGGUCUGGCUCAGGCAGGAGCCUGGGGUUGCUUUGAUGAAUUUAACCGCAUCGAGCUGCCGGUCCUGUCAGUCGCUGCACAGCAGAUCUACAUUGUCCUGCAGUGUAAGAAGAACAAGAAGAAACAGUUUGUCUUCACCGACGGAGACGUUGUUGACAUGGACCCAGAGUUUGGCAUCUUCCUCACAAUGAACCCCGGAUACGCCGGCCGUCAGGAGUUGCCCGAGAACCUGAAGAUUCAGUUUCGCACAGUUGCCAUGAUGGUCCCAGACCGAGCCAUCAUCAUGAGGGUCAAACUGGCCAGUGCAGGUUUCCGUGACAACCAGGUCCUGAGCAGGAAGUUCUACACCCUCUACAAACUGUGUGAGGAGCAGCUCUCCAAACAGGUCCAUUAUGAUUUUGGUCUGAGGAACAUUUUGUCAGUUUUGAGGACGCUGGGAGCUGUGAAGAGGUCCAACCCAUCAGAACCAGAGAAGACUGUGGUGAUGAGGGUCCUGAGAGACAUGAACCUCUCCAAACUGGUUGAUGAGGAUGAGCCUCUGUUCAUGAGUCUGAUCAAUGAUCUGUUUCCUGGUAUCGUUCUGGAUAAAGCCGGGUAUCCAGACUUGGAGUCAUCCAUCUUCGGUCAGGCUCAGCAGGCCAGCCUGAUCCCUCAUCCCCCCUGGAUCCUCAAACUGGUUCAGCUCUACGAGACGCAGAGAGUGCGACAUGGUAUGAUGACGUUGGGUCCCAGCGGUGCCGGGAAGUCGGCCUGCAUCCACACUCUGAUGAAGGCCAUGUCAGAGUGCGGCUCCCCACACCGCGAGAUGAGGAUGAACCCCAAAGCGAUCACGGCCUCGCAGAUGUUCGGCACGCUGGAUGUCACCACCAACGACUGGACCGACGGCGUCUUUUCUACUCUAUGGAGGAAAACUCUCAAAGCCAAGAAGGGGGAAUACAUCUGGAUUGUGCUGGACGGUCCAGUUGAUGCCAUCUGGAUCGAGAACCUGAACUCAGUUCUGGACGACAACAAAACUCUGACUCUGGCGAACGGAGACCGAAUUCCCAUGGCUCCCUGCUGCAAGAUUGUCUUUGAGCCCCACAACAUCGACAACGCUUCCCCAGCCACGGUGUCCAGGAAUGGGAUGGUGUUCAUGAGCUCCUCGGUGCUCGGCUGGAGCCCAAUCCUGCAGGCCUGGUUACAGAAGCUACCAGAACAGCAGGCUGACGCUCUGAAACUCUGCUUCAACUCCUGCUACCAGGACUUCUUGGACUUUGUUUCCACUGCUGUGUCUCCAAAGAUGCAGGUGCUGGAGUGUAUGUACAUCAGACAGACUAUUGACCUGCUGCAGGGCUUGCUCCCAGCUGCGGAGGAAAAACAGGGUUGCCAUGGCGCCAUGGGUCGACUAUUUGUGUUUGCGGUGAUGUGGUCUCUCGGAGCGGUGCUGGAGCUGGACGACAGAGUGAAGAUGGAGGCCUUUCUAAAGAGCCACAGCUCAUCUCUGGACCUGCCGCACACUCAGGACGAUCAGACCAUCUUUGAGUUCACCGUCAACGAGCAGGGACAGUGGGAGCACUGGUCCAACAAGGUCCCAGAAUAUGUCUACCCCAAAGACCAAGUCCCAGACUACUCUUCCAUCCUGGUUCCUAACGUGGACAACGUGAGGACGGACUUCCUGAUGCAGACCAUUGUGAAGCAGAGGAAGGCUGUGCUGCUGAUUGGAGAGCAGGGAACUGCCAAGACCGUCAUGAUUAAAGGCUACACCAGUAAGCUCGACCCGGAGCUCCACCUCAGUAAGACGCUGAACUUCUCGUCGGCCACGCUGCCCAGCAUGUUCCAGAGAACGAUCGAGAGCUACAUCGAUAAACGAAUGGGCGCCACCUACGGGCCGCCGGCCGGACGCAGGAUGACCGUGUUCAUCGACGACAUCAACAUGCCCGUUAUCAAUGAAUGGGGAGACCAGAUAACCAAUGAGAUCGUGCGUCAGCUGAUGGAGCAGGGAGGAUUCUACAGUUUGGAUCGCCCAGGAGAGUUCAUCACCGUGGUGGACGUUCAGCUGGUGGCAGCCAUGAUCCACCCGGGCGGCGGUCGCAACGACAUCCCUCAGCGCCUGAAGAGGCAGUUCUCCAUCUUUAACUGCACGCUGCCCUCCAACUCCUCCAUUGAUAAGAUUUUCGGCACUGUGGCUCAGGGAUACUUCUGCCCAGAGAGAGGCUUCCCCGCUGAGGUCUGCAACCUCGCCGCCACUCUCGUACCCACCACCAGACGGGUGUGGCAGGCGGUGAAGGCAAAGAUGCUACCGUCUCCUGCUAAGUUUCACUACAUCUUCAACCUGAGGGACCUCAGCAGAAUCUGGCAGGGCAUCCUGACAGUGAAGUCUGAGGUGUGUCAGAGCUCUGAGCUCCUCUCAGCUCUUUUCCAUCACGAGUGUUGCAGAGUGAUCGCCGACCGAUUCAUCGACAGCAGCGACAGACAAACCUUCAACGGCAUCAUGGAGAGGAUCACAGUGGAGGAUCAUGGGAAAGCUCUGACUGAGCAUGCUCAGUGGGAAAGCUGCUUUGUGGACUUCCUGCGUGAAGCUCCAGAGGCGACGGGCGACGAACCUGAAGACACCGAGCUGGAAGCUCCGAAGGUGUAUGAGCCAAUACCUUCGUUGGAUUCUCUGGCAGAGCGGUUGUCUGUUUUCCAACAGCAGUACAACGAGGCAGUGAGGGGUGGAGCCAUGGACCUGGUCUUCUUCAAGGAUGCAAUGACCCACCUGAUGCGGAUCUCACGGAUCCUGCGGACGCCGCAGGGGAACGCCCUGCUGGUCGGUGUUGGGGGUUCGGGGAAGCAGAGUCUGACGAGGUUGGCGUCGUUCAUCGCAGGAUACCAAACCUUCCAGAUCACAUUGACCAGGUCGUACAGCUGCAGUAACCUGCUGGAGGAUUUGAAGGCUCUGUAUCGUAUCGCUGGUCAGCAGGGAAAAGGAGUCACAUUUCUCUUCACUGACAACGACAUUAAAGACGAAGCCUUCCUGGAAUAUAUGAACAACGUCCUGGCGAGCGGUGAAGUCUCCAACCUGUUCGCUCGUGACGAACUUGAUGAGAUCACUCAGGAUCUGAUUCCCGUCAUGAAGCGGCAGCAGCCUCGCCGACCUCCGACCUCCGAAAACCUGUACGACUUCUUCCUGUCCCGAGUGCGGAGCAACCUUCAUGUUGUCCUCUGCUUCUCGCCUGUCGGGGAGAAGUUUCGGACUCGUGCCUUAAAGUUCCCAGGCCUGAUAUCGGGCUGCACAGUGGACUGGUUCCAGCGCUGGCCCCGGGACGCCCUUGUAGCUGUAUCACAUCACUUCCUGUCUCAGUACAAGGACCUCCGCUGCUCAGACGACGUGAAGCGGAGUGUGGUGGUUACCAUGGGAACCUUCCAGGACCUGGUCGCGGAGAAAUGCACGGAGUACUUUGAGCGUUUCCGCCGUCAAACGUUUGUGACGCCCAAAUCCUACCUGUCCUUCAUCGACAGCUACAAGGUCAUCUACGCUGAGAAGAUCGCUCACGUCGGCACGCUGGCUGAGCGCAUGAAGACGGGUCUGUGUAAACUGAUGGAGGCGGAGCAGUCUGUGUCUCAGCUCUCUGAGGAGCUGGUGGUGAAGGAGCAGGAGCUCGCCGUCGCCUCCGAGAAGGCAGAUGGAGUCCUGCAGGAGGUCACGGCGAAAGCUCAGGCUGCUGAAAAGGUGAAGCAGCAGGUGCAGAAGGUGAAGGAUAAAGCUCAGAUCAUUGUCGACGAGAUUGAAGCUGAUAAAACGUCAGCAGAGUCCAAACUGGAAGCUGCAAAACCAGCGCUGGAGGCAGCAGAGGCUGCACUACAGACCAUUAAACCGGCCGACAUCGCCACAGUGAGGAAGCUGCAGAAGCCUCCUCAUCUCAUCAUGAGGAUCAUGGACGCUGUUCUGCUGCUCUUCCAGAGAAAGAUCGACACGGUGACUGCUGACCCCGAACGACCUUGUCUGCGACCUUCGUGGGCCGAGGCGUUGAAGCUGAUGCAGAACUCUGCCUUCCUCAGCAUGCUGCUCAACUUCAGCAAGGACUCCAUCACAGAGGAGGUGGUGGAGCUGCUCACUCCCUACCUGGAGAUGGACGACUACAACCUGGAGUCAGCCAAAAGAAUCUGCGGCAACGUGGCGGGACUCUGCUCGUGGACUCAGGCCAUGGCCGACUUCUUCGCUAUCAACAAGGAGGUGCUGCCUCUGAAGGCUAACCUGGCCCUGCAGGAGGUUCGUCUGGUCGUCGCUCAGACUGAACUCUCCAAAGCUCAAGAACAGCUGGAUGCUAAACAGCAGGAGCUGGACGCCGUGCAGGCACUUUACGAUGCUGCUAUGAAGGAGAAGCAGGACCUGGAGGACGACGCCCAGGCCUGCCGCCGUAAGAUGUCCAACGCUACGGCUCUGAUCGAUGGGCUGGGAGGAGAGAAGGUUCGCUGGACCGACAGCAGUGCUGGGUUCCAGACUCAGAUCAAACACUUGGUCGGGGACGUCCUUCUGUCCGCAGGCUUCCUGUCCUACGCCGGCCCGUUUAACCAGGAGUACCGCAGCCUGCUGCUGGAGCUGUGGAAGAAGGAGAUGGAGGAGAAACUCAUCCCCUUCAGUCCUGACCUGAACGUGAUUGGCCUGCUGGUGGACAACGCCACAGUGAGCGAGUGGAACCUGCAAGGUUUACCCAGCGACGACCUGUCCAUCCAAAACGGCAUCGUGGUGACGAAGGCGUCCCGUUACCCGCUGCUGAUAGACCCCCAGGGCCAGGGCAAGACCUGGAUCCAGAACAGAGAGAGAGACCAGCAGCUACAGGUGACGUCUCUGAACCACAAAUAUUUCCGUUCCCACCUGGAGGACAGUCUGUCUCUGGGGCGUCCCAUGCUGCUGGAGGACAUAGGCGAGGAACUGGACCCUGUCCUGGACAACAUACUGGACAAAAACUACAUCAAGUCUGGAUCAACUUAUAAAGUGAAGGUUGGAGAUAAGGAGGUGGAUGUGUUGAAGGGCUUCACACUCUACAUCACCACAAAGCUGGCUAACCCAGCGUACAGCCCCGAGGUCAGCGCCAGGACGGCCGUGGUGGACUUCACCGUCACCCAGCGAGGCCUGGAGGACCAGCUGCUGGGACGUGUCAUACUGCUGGAGAAACAGGAGCUGGAGGCGGAGCGGGUGAAGCUCUUAGAGGAAGUGACGUCAAACAAGAGGAAGAUGCAGGAGCUGGAGGACAGUCUGCUGUUCAGGCUGACCAGCACGCAGGGCUCCUUGGUGGAGGACGAGUCUCUGAUCGAAGUUCUGAGAGUCACCAAGACCACCGCUCAGGAGGUGAGUGAGAAGCUGUCGGUCGCAGCAGAGACGGAGGUGAAGAUCAACCAGGCCAGGGAGGAGUACCGGCCGGUGGCCACCAGGGGGAGCAUCCUCUACUUCCUGAUCGUGGAGAUGUCUCUGGUUAACGUCAUGUACCAGACGUCCCUACGGCAGUUCCUGGGUCUCUUUGACUCGUCCAUGCAGAACUCGGCCAAGUCGCAGCUCACCUCCAAACGCAUCAGCAACAUCAUCAACUUCCUCACCUACCAGGUGUUCUGUUACACAGCCCGGAGUUUGUAUGAGGAACACAAACUGCUGUUCACGUUGUUGUUGGCUCUGAAGAUCGACCUGCAGGCCCGAAACAUCUCGCACCCGGAGGUGCUCACCUUCAUCAAAGGCGGAGCCUCUCUGGAUCUGAACUCUGUAGAAUCCAAACCACGGCGCUGGAUUCUGGAUCAGACCUGGCUCAACUUGGUCCAGCUGUCCGGGCUGCCGCCGUUCUCCCAGAUCCUGGCGCAGGUGAGCCAGAACGAGCGUGCAUGGAGGAACUGGUUUGACCAUCCAGCACCAGAGGACGCCACACUGCCUGAUGGGUACGAGGAAAAGCUUGACACCUUCAGGAAGCUUCUGCUCAUCCGGAGCUGGUGUCCCGACCGAACCACUGCUCAGGCGCGUCACUACAUCUCUGAGUCUCUGGGUCAACAGUAUGCUGAAGGUUUGGUUCUGGACCUGGACGCCAUGUUGGCAGAGAGUGACAGCAGGACGCCGAUGGUCUGUCUGCUGUCGAUGGGCUCUGACCCGACCGAGAACAUCGAGAGACUGGCCAAGAGCAAGGGGGCGCCGUGCCGUCCCAUUUCCAUGGGGCAGGGCCAAGAGGUUCAUGCUCGCAGACUAUUGGCCAACAGCAUGACGGACGGCGGCUGGCUCCUCCUCCAGAACUGCCAUCUGGGACUGGACUUCCUGGACGAGCUGCUGGAGACGGUCACCACGGCAACGCCAGAGAGCGUGCACAAAGGUUUCAGGGUGUGGCUGACGACGGACGUGCACCCCAGAUUCCCCAUCAACUUCCUUCAGUCCUCCAUCAAGUUCACCAAUGAACCUCCUCUUGGGAUGAAAGCAGGUCUGAAGAGGACUUUUAACGGCGUCACUCAGGAUCAGUUAGAGAUCAGUAACCUGCCUCAGUGGAAGCCUCUGCUGUACGCUGUGGCCUUCCUGCACACCACUGUGCAGGAGCGUCGGAAGUUCGGCCCUCUCGGCUGGAACAUCCCCUACGAGUUCAACCAGGCAGAUUUUACCUCCAGCAUGCAGUUUGUGCAGAACCACCUGGACGAACUGGAUUCAAAGAGAGGAGUCAACUGGAGCUGCCUGCGCUACAUGCUGGGUGAAGUCCAGUACGGCGGCCGGGUGACAGAUGACUUGGACAAACGUCUCCUCAACACCUUCACUCGUGUCUGGUUUAGCGAGAACACCUUCAGCGACAAGUUCUGCUUCUAUAAAGGCUACAGCAUCCCCGGGAAGGCCAAGACGGUCCAGGACUUCCUGCAGCAGAUCGAGACGCUGCCGCUGGUCGAUUCACCUGAGGUUUUUGGGCUCCAUCCCAACGCUGACAUUACCUACCAGACCAACCUAGCCAAUGAGACGCUCAGCACCAUCAUCAACAUCCAACCAAAGGACAGCGGGGGUGGGGCCGGGGAGACCAGAGAGGCCAGCGUACAGAGACUAGCCAGUGAGAUGCUGGAGAAGCUACCACCUGACUACGUGCCGCACGAGGUCAAAGGUCAACUGCAGAAGAUGGGUCCACUUCAGCCAAUGAACAUCUUCCUGCGACAGGAAGUGGACCGCAUGCAGCGAGUCAUCAGCAGCGUACGGAGCACGCUCACCGACCUCAGACUGGCCAUCGACGGAACCAUCAUCAUGUCUGAGGAUCUGCGCGACGCUCUCGACUGUAUGUUCGACGCUCGGAUCCCUCGUCUGUGGCUGCGGCUCAGCUGGCCUUCAGCCACGCUGGGCUUCUGGUUCAGCGAGCUGCUGGAGAGAAACCAGCAGCUCAGCAGCUGGAUCAGCACCGGGCGACCAAACCAGUUCUGGCUCACCGGUUUCUUCAACCCGCAGGGUUUCCUGACCGCCAUGCGUCAGGAGACGACGCGCUCCAACCUGUCCAGGGGCUGGGCCUUGGAUACCGUGACCCUUAGCAAUGAUGUCACCAAGAUGAUGAGGGAGGACGUGUCGGCUCCGCCUCCAGACGAUAUGGGCGGAGUCUACAUCUAUGGCCUCUUCCUGGAUGGAGCUGGAUGGGACCGGCGUAGCGCCAAACUCACAGAGUCCCCACCCAAGGUCCUCUUCACUCCCCUCCCCGUGGUCCACGUCUACGCCGUCAGCUCAGCCAACAUGGCGGACAGUAAGCGGCAGCCCGGCGGCGGGUCCGUCAGCCUGUAUUCGUGUCCCGUCUACAAGAAACCACGUCGGACCGACCAGAACUUCAUCUUCUCUCUGCAGCUGAGGAGCGUUCAGCCGGCGGAGCACUGGACCCUGCGAGGCGCCGCACUGCUCUGCGACUGCAAGUGAUCCUCAGACAUCAAAAUAACGUUUAAAGGACCAAAUAGGUACAUUUUUAUUUUCAAGUUUUAGCCUCGUAAACUGCAAAUCACGUAUAUUAAACAGUCCUGAUGAUUAUUUUCCGAAUCCAUGUUGAGGUUUUAGGGAGUUUCUUCUUUUCUAUAAAGAAAAAAAAUCAAUGAGCAGAGACGUUAAAUAGAUCCUUCAUGAAAUACACCAAAUAAAAUAUUUCACCAG